AUUAGGGUUGGUCGCAGAAGAGAAACAGUUUCCUGGUGCUGCUCAGAACUCCGCCGCUACACCUUGAAGACGUUUCAUGUGAAGUGGUCGUGACACGCUGCAGUCAUGGUGUCCUGUGCUCUUCUCUUCCUGGGUGUUUUGGGGAUCCUCGGUGUGAUUGAAGGCUGCCGGGGAGAGGAUGUGUCCAGGGAGGCAGUGUUGUCGUGGCUCAGCGGGCGGGUUCUGGAGGGCCUCGGGCUGGACGAGCCUCCCGUGGCCACAGUGCAGGGCCCCGACGUGGACAUGGCACAGCAAGGGCGAGCGGGGCGUCUGCAUCGGCGGGCCCCCCCCAGGACGAGCAGCACAACGUGGGUCAGCCAUGGAGCCAGUCCAAACCAGGAUGUGUCUCAAAUCAUUCUCUUCCCCAGUUCUGACUCAUCUUGUGCCAGAUCGGACUCAGCUUCAGGAGAAACCACCGAAAGCCACUUCACCUAUUACUUCCAGCCAUCCUUGAACGACCAGGAGACCCUGGUCACGUCUGCCCACCUGUGGUUCUACGCGGGCGAAGGAGCCACAGUCAACACUUCCGCCCCGCUGUUCAUUCUAACUUCAGCGCAGCAGCUUCUCCAGGCAGCAGAAGCUCCAUCACAGAUGAGCUCCGACGGAUGGAGCACCUACCAACUGGAUCAGACGCUGCUGGCCUCCGUCGCUCAGGGCCCUUUCCUCCUGCAGGUCCGCUGUCCAGCCUGCGAGUGCCACGCCAACGAACCAGACAAAAUGCCCUUCCUUGACCUUCGCGCUCGGCCUCGGGGUCCAGCCCAUGCACCCCGUCAUGCACCACGGAACAUUCCCUGGUCUCCUUCUGCCAUUGACCUACUACAGCGGCCCUCUCCGGAGAGACCAGAGCACAGCGACUGCCAGCGAGCAGAGAUCGAAAUCAGCUUCGAGGAGCUGGGCUGGGACAAUUGGAUUGUCCAUCCCAAGGUGCUGACCUUCUACUACUGCCACGGAAACUGCUCGGCCCAGGAUCGGACCAUCACGAUGCUGGGGAUGAGUCAGUGCUGCGCUCCGGUCCCGGGGAGCAUGAGGUCCCUGAGGAUCACCACAACAUCCGAUGGUGGCUACUCGUUCAAGUACGAGACCUUGCCCAACAUUAUACCCGAAGAGUGUACUUGUAUCUGAACAUGAACGUUUCUAAGGGCUAGUUCACCUAAGUUACAAAAGGACAUUUCUUUUUACCCCAUUUAGCCACACAGAUUUUAUGUCCUGAGAAUAUUCCAGCCUAAUUAUGUACUUGUAUAUGCACACUUACCUUUUUUACAGUUAAUACAGAGAAGAAUCAAUAUACUCAACUGCUAACACUAACAGGAAAAGACGCACAACGUUGCCAAUUUAACUUUACUAACAAAAAGAAAAAGCUUUUAACUCUUAUCCUGAAGCUCGUUUUACCACCACUCAAGUCUUUUGAAAAAGUGUCCAUCAACAGCAACCAAGCAUUUUUAUAUGCAAUACACUAUUCUGCCAGUAAUCAUCUUUUAACAUAAUGAAUGUUUAUUUAGCUUCAAUGUGCAAGUAAAAAGGCAUCAAUUUCUUGUCGUUUUGAUUCUCACCUGUAGAGGGCAGUGCUUACCUAUGUUUAAACUGCACCAUUUCAGUACCUUUACAUAAAGACUUUUGUGUUGUUAACUGAAAUCAUGUAGUCUAAAGAAUCAUUAAAACAUGGACGUGAAUUGUUA